AUAGACGUCACAAUGAAAUGAUAUAAAAUAAAAAGUUUUCCGAUGAUUCAUUUAAAGAGGGCGCUGUUUAAUCAAAAAAAGGGAGAAGGAGAAGCAGUAGACGCCAUUUUAAAUAUUAUUUUGCCUUUAUAUUUAAUUGGAAUUUUUUUUUCUAGCAAACAUGGCUUUGAAUGAUGGAAAUCAGAGAAAUCCUACGGAUAACAAGAAUUUACAGCAAACUCAAGCUCAAGUGGAUGAGGUUGUUGGUAUAAUGCGUGUAAAUAUUGAAAAAGUAUUGGAGAGAGAUGAAAGAUUAACAGAAUUAGAUGGCCGUGCAGAAAUGUUACAACAAGGUGCAUAUAAUUUUGAACAGCAAGCCAUGAAACUGAAAAGGAAAUAUUGGUGGAAAAAUUGCAAGAUGUGGGCAAUCAUAAUUGGAAUUGUUCUUGUUAUAAUUAUUGCAAUUAUUGUUUAUGCAGUUCAAGCAAAUUCCUAAUGUUUUUACAUAUGGAAGUAUUAGGUUAACAUCACUGAGAUUUCACCAAAAUAUCGUUUGUAUUAUAGCUUGAAUCUUUGUAUAUGGUUAAAUUUAGCUUCAUGAAAUGUGGAUAUAAUACUUCCAAUACUGCCUUAUUCAUUUUAUAAAAAAAUUUAUUGUGUGUGUGUAUAGAAAUCAAAUAUAUGAAACUGUGAGGGAAUGGAUUUUGUGUAUGUAUAUUUAAAAAUAUCUAUUUUGUAAUAUUCUCAGCAAAAUGAUAAAGGUUAUUGUUAUUUAAAGAUUAUUCAGCUAUUAUUAAAAAUAUUAUUUCAUUCCAUUAGUUAUUUAAAACAAGUUUAAAACUUAAUUGUAAAUUUAUUGUGAAUAAAAUUCAGUUUUGAGAGAUUUCUUUUAAACAUAGUUUAUUUAAAGUAACCUACUUAUAAAUUAGUCAGAACAAUUACUAUGUGAAGAUUAUUAUGUGAUAUACAGUAUUAUUAUUAACCAUGGCAUUUUUAUAACUGGUAGAUGUGAACUUGUGAACAUUAUUAUUCACAAGUUUGAUAAAACUAAGGUUAACAUUUCUGUUUCCAUAUUUGUAAAGAGAUUCCCAGAAACAUCAAUAAAAUUUUGUACUUUGAAA